AUGGAUGUCUGCCUCAACACAUACACGCGGUACAAACAGCAGCAAAAGGAGUUCACUACGUGGCUCAUCGAUGCAGCCAAGAAGUGCGGCGAGUCCAUAGGCAAGCUCAACGCCGCCCGGAAGAAGAAGGGCUACCAGUUAUCUCUGCAUGAUCACCUCAGACUUGCCGUUGCCGUCGCCGAGACUGGCCCCGUCCCAAGACGCAAGCUUGACAUCCUCGACCAAGUCAUUAGCCUUCGGAAGAGCGUGGGGAAAUGGUUACAGGCUCUACCGCGUACAGGCGACGACAAAACGCUGCAUGAUGAGCAACACCAAUAUUUCCUCGACAUUCUCCAGACCGUCAAGGACAUCCUGCUACCUGCCUGCAGGGAGCCAACAGCGGCCACUGGCUCGACGCCGCCCCGCAGUCUAGACAAUAUGUUCAGCGCACUGUCUACACCUAACGACGAGAGCCUCAAUAUAGCUGACUGGGCGGCGAAGAGUAUGGCGGCGUCCGGCCCAGCUCCAUCUGCACAAACGCCCCAAACGGCCCAAACGCAGCCGCAAUCGAGGAAACCGAAGACAGAGGAACAUGUCCUCUACGACAUGCAAGCACAGCACGACGAUGUUCUCUUUGCCUGGCUAUGCUUCUUCAUGGACUUCAAUCAAGUCCGCGACACAGUCCGACGAGUCUGGUCAAUGUAUAACAGGGGCGAGAUCAGCCUGGUUAAUGCAUCUGUCAUCACCAACACCGCUGUUGAGAUGCUGCGACACAGCUGCCGUACUCAGUUCGAGGCCAUGAAAGGCCUGCCCCACACGCCGGAUGAGGCCUUCGUUUGCCGAUGGAUUUUUGCCCACCUGGGCUGGGACCCGGACGCACCCGACACUUGGACGACCGAGCAACAUAAGCUGGCUAACUGGUCCUGCUACUCUUCGUCAUACAUCCUAUGGGAAAGGUACUGCGAAACGGACCCUAUACGUCCCCACUUGACCGGCUACAACAAAGGCCAAGAGGCGGAAGGCGACCAGUUCUUGCGAAGCCUGGACAAGCCCGUGAAGCAACUCGGAAAGGCCAUGAUGAAGAGCAACGAUGACUGGGGUAUGUGGAUUUACGGCCAACUGCAUAAUAUGUCCCUCAUCGGAACCUCCUUGCUCGGUCCCGGCGUCGACUGGGUUACCUCCGGGUGGAAGGACAUCGACUACAAAAACGGAACAUCAGGACUUCCCCUUAAUGGGCAGAAUCUUCAUAAGGGUUUCUCAGAUCUGAACGGUAUGGCGGACUCGUAUGUUAUCCGCGUCCGGGAUUACUUCCAAUACCGCCGCCACAUUCGCGGGGCGAAGGAUGACUGGCAUAAGGACAAUGAUCCUCAGGUUCUGAAGCUCAUUAAAUAUGCCAAUCAACACAUCAAAAGGGACUCGGUGUGGCUUGACACCCUGGCUCGCUGCAAGCAGAACCCAGACAAGUUCAACAUCAUGCAGAAGCCAUUCUUUCUGCUCAAGAAUCACCCUUGGCUCUGUGGAAUGAUGGGCUAUUGGAUGCAAGAGUCGUAUCGCUUGUUCGAUUACAGCUUCGCGGGUUCAUACAUGUCUAUACUAGGCCGUGCGCACAUGUACAACGCCACGCUGAUUCAAGGGCUAGCGGACAAAUGGGACGACAAGGAAUUCCUCAUCCAGAUACAAGGCGAAGAGCGUUUCUUUCUCACCCGGCGUCCCACGUCGUCCGAAGACGUACUCGUACGGUUCCAGUUGGCUAUUGGGAUGAGCAUGCAAGCUCUGGCGAAGAACCGGCGCAAGGGGGGGAAACGAGGGCUAAUUCCGCAGAGCAGUAUCGAUCCAGGCACCAGGAUCAAGCCGCGUCACCACAGCGUCCACUCAAUAUUUCUGCGCCAUUGGCAUUCGAGUCACCUGAACGACCGAUACAACCUCUCUGUUGACAACCUCUCCGAGAUUGUGUCAUGCAUCUUGAAGACGCAUCCUUCCUUCGAGAUUCUCGAACUCAUCAAAGUCGGCCUGGAAGACGAUGAUCAGAUGCUGAACUUCGAUAUGAUCAACAUGCAUGCUCGAUGCCAGAGAUACCUCGAUGGUCUUUGGAACCAUUACGCCGGAAAACUCGAACAUAUCAAGCAAGGGAUGCUCUCGGGCGGCGAAGCUCCGCCGAUGCCAUCCGACGUAGAGGACGGCAUAGAGCACUGUUUUGAGUAUAUGUUUCCGUGGGACCAUCAAAGUGCGCUCAACAGUGUCAUAACGCAUCUCGCCACUGUCCCCAAAAAACACCCGAAGCGACGCUCCACAACGUCCACACACCGGAGGACGAGCCGUUAUUCAUGUUCCUAUGCCGUGCCUUGA